AUGCCAACAGUCGACAAUACCUGUAGCCUUUAUCCAUCUCUUUUUGUCAAUCACGGGGGAGGCCCUCUCCCAUUGAUUGGACGACAAGAUGAUUUAGCCAGGCACAUGAGCGCUGUUGUUACAGAGAACUUGCCCCGACGUCCGAGCGCUAUUGUUGUCGUUAGCGCCCAUUACGAAGGCGAUCCAAUCCAGAUCACAUCAGGCUCCAACCCUGAUCUAUUAUUUGAUUACUACGGCUUUCCCAAGGAGACUUAUGAGUACAAGUACCCUGCACCUGGAGACCCCGCCCUGGCUCAAAGAAUCAAAGACAACCUUGAGAAAGAAGGCCUCGAAAGUGAACUGGAUAGCAAACGAGGCUGGGAUCAUGGAGUAUUUGUGCCUCUUCUCUUGAUGUUCCCUGAGGCCAAUAUUCCAGUUGUUUCUGUCAGCCUCCACAAAUCUUUGGACCCAGACAAGAACAUGGCCAUUGGCAGAGCUUUGUCACCACUGCGCCAGGAGGAUGUAUUGGUCCUUGGCUCGGGGUACACUUUUCACAACAUGCACGCAUUCUUUAAUCCAGAACAUGCGACCAAGAAAGCCUCAUUGCAAUUCAACGACUGGCUCAAAAGUACCAUUAUUGACGAAGGAAACUUUGAAAAACUCAAGGAAUGGAAGCAAGCACCUUCUGCAAGAAUUUGCCAUCCAAGAGAGGAACACCUGCUUCCGCUUCUUGUGGUGGCUGGCGCUGCCGGUGAUUCAGGAGCUGGAGAACUUAUUUAUGACACUAGAUCCCAAGUAAAUGAUCAUGCUGUGACUGGCUAUCUUUUCAAGUAG